AUGUGGGUGCCACUGAGCCCCCCAGGGGGUAGCCGUGGACAGAUGGAGGGUGCAGCGCCAACAGGUGAUUCUCAACCAACUCCGGUUACUGUUGAAAUACCAGAGUCCAGAGUGGCAGAGAUUGAGAGGAAACUGGUGUUUGAGGGCCAUCGUGAACCAGGUGAGCAAAUAGAGGAGGAGGAAGAGGAGGAAGAGGAAGGGGAGGAAGAGGAGGAGGAGGAAGAAGAGGAAAAGCAGGAGGAAGAGAAUGAGGAGGAGGAAGAGGAGCCUUUAGAACAGACAAAAGAAACAGCUGUGACUGAGGAAGAACCCGCAACUUUAGCUUUGGCCUCAGAGCCAUCAACAGAACAGGUUGAGCCAUCUGAGUCACUGGAACACAAACUAACAUACCAAUCCAUUGAGUCAAGCCAUCCAACAGAUGAAGAUGCAUCAACUCAAUUAAAUGAAGUCUCUGGAGCUCUCAAUGAAGAAGGCCUAGUUGACUCUGAGGACCAGCUGUCCGAUGAGGAUGUGUCCAUGGUAGUCGAGGCCUCCUCAGAAGAAGCAUCCAUGUCCGAAUCAGACAUUAUAGAUUUAGUUGGUACAGAUCAGCCAACUGAGGAUGAAGACUCUAUAGAUCUAGUUGGUACAGAUCAGUCAGCCGAGGAAGAAGACAUUAUAGAUCUAGUUGGUACAGAUCAGCCAGUCAAGGAAGAAGACAUUAUAGAUCUAGUUGGUACAGAUCAGCCAGUAGAGGAAGAAAACAAUAUAGAUCUAGUUGGUACAGAUCAGCCAGCCAAGGAAGAAGACAUUAUAGAUCUAGUUGGUACAGAUCAGCCAGCCAAGGAAGAAGAUAUUAUAGAUCUAGUUGGUACAGAUCAGCCAGUAGAGGAAGAAGACAUUAUAGAUCUAGUUGGUACAGAUCAGCGAACCGAGGAAGAAUCAACAGAACUGACUCUGGAAGAGGAAGUGGUUUCAGAAUCGCAGGAAUUUCAGCUAACGGUGGAUCCAGUCACUAACCGUCAACUAGAGAAGGGUAUUACUGAGACAGAAGAGAUGAUGGUAUCAGAAGCACAGCAAGAUCCAGUCACAGUUGAUGACAUCACUGAUAGCCAAGAGGAGGGUACAGCUGAGGAGGAAAUUAUGUCACAGCUUCAGUUAGAUGAGCUCACAGUAGAUAGCCUAACAGAUAACCAGGAAGAGGAGGGGAAGGCACAUGAAGAAGUUUUCUUAAAAUCAGAAUUGCUCAUAGUGGCUUACAGUGCACUUGAUGGCCAAGAAGAAGAGGGUAGUCCUGAGGAGGAAUUGAUGUCAGAGUUGCAGCAGAAUCAGCCAAUAUCACAUAGCGACACUGAUGUCCAGGAGGAGGGAAGUCAGGGAGAUGAGGAGGCAGCGCUGAGUGCUCAGAUAGGAGAGAUGAAGGGAGAGAUGGAGGAAGAAGUGGAGGAAGAGAUGGAGGGAGAAGAGGAGGAAAAGGUGGAGAUGGAGGAAGAGCUAGAGGGAGAGCUAGAGGGAGAGCUAGAGGGAGAGCUGGAGACUUCCCAGGCGACAGAGGAGGAGGUGGAGGUGGAGGAAGAGAUGGAGGGAGGGGUGGAAGAGCUGGAGGGAGAGCUAGAGGGAGAGCUAGAGGGAGAGCUGGAGUCUUCCCAGGCGACAGAGGAGGAGGUGGAGGGAGAGCUGGAGUCUUCCCAGGCGACAGAGGAGGAGGUGGAGGGAGAGAUGGAGUCUUCCCAGGCGACAGAGGAGGAGGUGGAGGGAGAGAUGGAGUCUUCCCAGGCGACAGAGGAGGAGGUGGAGGGAGAGAUGGAGUCUUCCCAGGCGACAGAGGAGGAGGUGGAGGUGGAGGAAGAGAUGGAGGGAGGGGUGGAAGAGCUGGAGGGAGAGCUGGAGGGAGAGGUGGAGGGAGAGGUGGAGUCUUCCCAGGUGUCAGAGGAAGAUACUUCUGUGGUACAGAGUGAAGCAUUUGAUGAGUCAGCACCAGAACAGGAGUACACAGAGGUAGAUCAGGACAUAGAGACAUCAGAAGAGACUGAAACACUAGACUCAGAGAACAUAGAGGACAUACCAAGCCAGUAUACUACAGGCCUGAUUCCAACGUCAGGUGAUGGAAUGAUAGACGAGGGCACUGUUGUUAGGGAGAGCCAAGUUUCUGUUGAUCAAGAUUUAUCUGGAGGCGCAGACUUAUUGACUGUGGAGGGUGAGGUGGAGUCUGUUGAACUAGUAGCAGAAGAAGCAGUUUGUUCAGCCCUAAAGGCUACAGGUGAUGUAGAGGAAUCUGAAGAGGAUGAUGAGGUGGGAGAGAGUCUGGUCACCUCUCGCCAAAUCGCUGAAGUCAAAACACUAAGAGAAGAAGUAGACGAUAGUGAGAAUGUUGUAGGAGAGGAGAUGGAGUCUGCUGUUGAGACAGUUGAGGAAGUAGAGCCUAGUGCUGACCAACAGACAGAGUCCACAGUAGCUACAGAAGAGAUUGAGUCCCCUAGCGAAGAAUUGGCCGAGGACCUAGAGGUGACCUCUUCAACGCCAGAGGCUACAGGUGAGGUUGCUGUUGAGGCAGGUGAGGCUAUAAAUGCAGUGGCAGGUGCAGCAGUGGAUGAUACAGUAGUGGAGGCUGUGGGUGAGACAUCAGGUGAGGCCGCAGGGGCGGCUGGUGGGUCAGAACAGGCCCCAAAGACAUUGGCUUCAUCUUUCCGUAGCAAAUUCAGGAUGGGCUCCAAGAAAGAAUCUACUCCCAAGAGUCCAAAGAGUCCCACAGCAAAGUGCAAACAACAGUGAGAGCUCUUUGCACUCAGCCAUAAUGCGGAGAAUAUUUUUGUAUAUAUCUGACUUUCUGUUUAUAGGUUUUUGUUCAUUGGUUUUGCUUCACAGGUUUAUGUUUGUCAGUCAUUGUUUUCUCAAUCAUAGAUGAUCUUUUAUGUAAAGCAGUAUGUUGGGUCUUUCAGCUUUUGUGGUUCUGGUCAAAAGUAGUGCACUGUGGCGCAGUGGUCUAAGGCACAGCAUCUCAGUGCAAGAGGCAGUCCCUGGUUCGGUCCCUGGUUCGAAUCAGGGCUUUAUCACAUCCGGCUGUGAUUGGGAGUCCCAUAGGGCAGCACACAAUUGGCCAGCGUCGUCUGGGUUUGGCCGAGGUAGGCCGUCAUUGUAAAUCUGAAUUUGUUCUUAACUGACAUGCCUAGUUAAAUAAAAACCAUAGGGAGACACUGUGGUCUGUGGUUCUCAUAGGUGUCAUAAAAUAUCAUAUCAGUUGUGAUUCCCCUUAGGGAACUGAGAAAAUAACAAUGAAAACAAACACGCAGAAACCUGCAGAGCGACUUCACACAUUCACCACAAAACUCUCUAACCACAAGUCAGGAAAACAGCACACCCAUCUAUUACCACAGACUGUCACGUUUUAUAGGCAAAUACUCUGAUCAACUCUUUUCCAUACCUUUUAACACCUUUAUACAUCACACCGUUUCUGUUCCUCCAUAGUUUCCCACUCCUGUUCUAAUAGCCCCUCUGAUGGUUAUGACAGUGCAUGACAGGUUGAAGAAGCCAAAUGGAUUUAUUGUCAAUGUUCUGCAGAGUAGUGAACAGGCAAUUACUGCUUUAUGAACCAACCUUCAGAAGUUGGCAGAUGUGAAAUAUAGAUGAGUUUUUUUCUGUUUGUAGGUUUUUGUUCAUUGGUUUUGCAUCACAGCUUUAUGUUUGUCAGUCAUUGGUUUCUCAAUAAUGGUUGGCCUUUUAUGUAAAGCCGUAUGUUUGGUAUUUCGGUUUUUGUGGUAUGUGGUCUUAUUUCAGCCUUUACUACAAAGUCAAUGGGGUGUCAGCUUUUUUCAAACAGAAACUACUUAAACAUCAUUAUUGUAAAUCACAAGACAGAGUGGGGUAUGUUUAGAUAAGACUGCGUUUGUAUGGGGGAAAAUAAAUGUGAAAAAUAAUACUUGUAAUGUACAAUUUAUCCUGCAUCAUCAUAUACUAUAUCACUGGGAAUCACUACACAGACACCAUUGUUUUUGUUAACAAUGAUGGAAUGCCAACAAUGGUUUGAUGUUUGAAACUUCUGACGUUGAAUGUUGUUUCCUUUUUUUAACAAAUAUAAUAAAUUAAAUCAAUUGUCUGAACACAUUAAAUAAAUGUUUUGGUGAUUUUAA